CCGCUCCCCCGCCGCCCCGCCGAGCCCCGGCCCGGCCCCGGGCCGCCGCCACCACGCCGCGCGCCGUACUCCGCGUGAAGAAUGGGGCGGCCAAGCUGCCCAAGCCGCCCGCCGCCGCCGCCGCCGCGGCCGACACGCCGGGCGCGGGCGCGGGCAUGGAGCGCUCGCAGAGCCGCCUCAGCCUGUCCGCCUCCUUCGAGGCGCUCGCCAUCUACUUCCCCUGCAUGAACUCCUUCGACGACGAGGACGCGGGGGACAGCCGGCGGCUGAAGGGCGCCAUCCAGAGGAGCACGGAGACCGGCCUGGCCGUGGAGAUGCCCAGCCGGACACUGCGCCAGGCCAGCCACGAGUCCAUCGAGGACAGCAUGAACAGCUACGGCUCGGAGGGCAACCUGAACUACGGUGGACUCUGCCUGGCCUCGGACGCGCAGUUCAGUGACUUUUUGGGCAGCAUGGGGCCCGCCCAAUUCGUGGGUCGCCAGACCCUGGCCACCACGCCAAUGGGGGAUGUGGAGAUUGGCUUGCAGGAGCGGAACGGCCAGCUGGAAGUGGACAUCAUCCAGGCUCGGGGACUAACCGCCAAGCCAGGCUCCAAGACACUGCCAGCGGCCUACAUCAAGGCUUACCUGCUGGAGAACGGGGUCUGCAUUGCCAAGAAGAAGACCAAAGUCGCACGCAAGUCGCUGGACCCGCUGUAUAACCAGGUGCUGCUGUUCCCCGAGAGUCCCCAGGGCAAAGUCCUGCAGGUCAUCGUGUGGGGCAACUACGGGCGGAUGGAGCGGAAGCAGUUCAUGGGCGUGGCGCGCGUGCUGCUGGAGGAGCUGGACUUGAGCUCGCUGGCCGUGGGCUGGUACAAGCUCUUCCCCACCUCCUCCAUGGUGGACCCGGCCACGGGGCCCCUGCUCCGGCAGGCGUCGCAGCUGUCCCUCGAGAGCACCGUGGGGCCCUGCGGGGAAAGGUCUUAGUGCGGGGGCGGCAGGGGCCACCCCAGACGGCCUCGCCACCACCCGGCCCCGGCCCGGGGGCCCCCGCCCCGCGGCCCAGGGGCACCUCGGACAGAGGAGGACGCAGCGGCAGGAUGGGGAGAUCCACCCCCCUCGGGCCCCUCCUCACCCCUCCUGGGCCUCCUCCCCCCUCCCCCCUCCCUUGGCGGGGCCUCGACCCGGAGGACGCGGCUGCUGUCGGGAGAAAGGGACGGACGGAGAGAAGGACCGAGGCGGCAGAGCGCACCCCCACGCCCCCCCCGCUGCUCCCCUCUUCCGCCUCCCCCGAAGCUGCCAGCCCAGACCCCCGCGGCCGUCUCCAUGGUGCCAACUACCAGCAAGUGUCUUUCCCGCGGCACCGGGUUCAGGGGCUGCUCCUGCCCAGGGCCCCCCGGGGCAGUUCUGCAAGGAUCCGGAGCCAGCUCCGGGGCGCCCAGAGCCCCCCUCAACUGGACCAGGAGCUCGGGCCUCCCCCGCCGCCUGUCGGGGUCUGUCGCUCCACUCCUUUCCGGGGGGCUGGAGGCAGCGGGGCCAGCGGGGACCCGAGGAGGAGAAGAGGAAGAGGGGGCGCCGGCUGCGGCCUCCGGGGCGCCUUGUCCCUCGGGGCUGCCGCAAGCGAGUUUGGAAACACCCGGAGGACCCGCGGGCGUGGGGCACAGGAUGCGGGAAACCCGAGCUGGCCACCCCGCCUUGUAGGGGUGCGGCCUGGAGAGCGAGUCUGGGCAGAGUGACCUGGGGCUGACUGGGCACCAAGGUCAGGGUUUCCCGAGCUGGAAAAUCCCCUCCUUUUGUUGGUUGAGGUCAAGGGUCAUUGCAUCUACACCUGCCCCCUCCAGACUCUUGGGGCCCGGGAGGCGACAGAGCCCCCGAUUUUAGUCCUUCUCGACAUACCGCCCUGUCCCGAGCACCCAGCCUCACUGACCGUGGCUCAAGGGCAGGUCUGGUCUGGGAGGGUCCUGGGUGGUGGGGGGGCGCGGAGGCUCCUCCCCUCCUUCCUAGACAGGCCUGGGCGCAGCCAGACAGACGGACACAGACGGACACAUGGCCCCGGGAGCCCCUUUGCAUGCUGGGGAGCUCGGAGGCCCCUCUUUAUAGAAGCACAUUUCUGCCACUUUGCCCUGGAGGACCCCCCCGCGGCCCCCACCCCUCCCCUCUGCCCCCCCCCCGUGUGGGGCCCCUCCCUGGUUAGGCGGGUGGUUGGGGUUUCCAGCCGGGCCCUGUUCUGCCCACACACAGAGUCCCUGAGGGCCCCAGGCGGGGCGCAAGGGGGUCCCCACCUUGGGGCUGGCCCUGGCCCGGGUCUGUGCACGCCCCCCCUCCUCUCACCCCUGUAGGGUUCUAGCUGAGCUCCUAUCAACGUUCUGGCGAAGCACUCCCGCGGCUGGGGCACGGGGGAGGGGUCACGUUUGCUGCCCCCCCAGCACACACACACCCCUGAAGCCCCUCUCCCGCACCCCUUCACCUGUUUAAGCCACCGGGUCUCCCCUUAAGUUCUGGCUGGAGCUCACGCCCCCUCUCCAGUGGCUCACACUGUACAGGGGAGAGGGGCACCCCUUUAUCCCGGAGCCUCCUGGGGUCGGGGUCCUCCUGGCGCCGGGCCGAGGGAGGGGGGACGGCUCCCCCGUUGCUGGCUUUGGGCCACGAGUCCCUCUGCUCGUACUCACCGUUGGGCCGAGACCCCCUUCCGCGCCCACACAGGCUGUAGGGAGCGAGCGAGUGAGGGCUUCAAAGCAAUAACACCAUCCUGGGGUGGUCUCUGAGGGCCCCCCAGCGACUCCGUUGUUUGUUCUGUGAAAUCCCACCCGUCUCCUGGAGGGCUGGGCUGGGGGGCAGACACCCCGGUUCUCUGUGUUGUUGUUGUAAGCUUGUGCCCCCCCCCCGCCCCGAGAAGGAGCCCUGGCCUGGCCUCUUCCGAGGACGGGGUUCUGGGGAGCGGGCAGCCUGCUGUCACCGUGUUCUUCGGGACCCUCGGAGCCCAGUCCCAAGCGCCGCUGUGCGCGACCCUCUACCAGCUCAGAGCCAGCAUCUGGGGGGAGGCGGUAGGUGCUGGGAGCAGAGCCUGGGGUCUCCAGGAGACGGCCCUUGGCUCCAUCUGUGGGUCCCGGGUGAGGGGGCCCCGGCCUCUGUCCUGAGGCGCUUUCCCACGCGCAGGCUCCCCGGCUUCUCUCCGCAGUCUCCCAGGUACCCGGGGAAGGGGGAGGCAGGAGAGACAGGGGGGGAGGCGGGGCGCCACCGGGGGUCCCUCCUGCUGGGCACAGAGGCCCCAGGCCACAUCCCCCUUGCUCUUGCCCUCCCUGCCCACUCGCCCCCUCUCUGGGUUUGGCGAGACCAGCCCCUGCCUGGACUUAGAUGUGGCUCGGAAUAUGACCCCAGGCUUGUUCGGGGUGGGAGCUCAGGCCGAGGGACUCUCACCCCUCAGGAACAUGUGGGGGCUGGGGGUUCUGCAUAGGCCCCUGCCUGGGGCCGAGGGGGAGGGAUGGCAGCGCUGCCCCCCCCCCAUCUGAGGGAGACCCUCAGACUUCAGAUGAAAUCACGCCUCCUGUCCCAUCAUGCUUUCCAAACCCAAAGUGGGUUUCAAAGUGUUUUUAUCUGGGGGUGCCCCCACCAGGACCCCCUGAGACGAGGGGCCUGGUUGCCUGCCCCCCUUUCAAGAGGCUGAAGCAGAGACUCCCCUCCACAGGAAGGCACCUGCGGGGGUCCCCCCCACCCAGAUGGGAGCUGAGCCCAGACUAGAACCGGUCCCCAGCCAUCAGGGCACACUCCCCCCACCCGCCCCCACACCGGCCAGACCCCCCGGGCUCCCCACCCCACCCCCCAGGAGCACUGUUGCACCAGGCCAGGCCACCUGCGUUUAUUUAUUGAGCAACAGAUCCGCGCCCGUCCCCCACGCCCCAUCUGCACGGCCGCCCCUCGGGUCACACGGAGCUCCCCUGCCCCUGAGCUCGGCAGACACAGACCCCGCGGGGGGACACACCAGAGCUGCGGGGGGGAGGACAAGGCCGACACGAGCUGGGCCCCCUCUCCUCUGGGGGCUGCCAGGACCCCGGGCCCUCUCCAUCACCCCUCCCCCCUCAUUCCCUGUCCAGGGCAGGAGCCGGGGGUUGUGGCGGGAAGGGGUCCAGCCCGGACGGGGGGCGCGCUCCACGUUGCAUUGCGUUCAUGACCAUGUAGCUCAUGUUGAAAAGUAAAGUUUUUGGCUUUUCUAACCUGCUGUUUUGCGUGGAGUCCGUUCUAGCAGGGGCAAAAAGCAGGU